GAGGCCGAACGUCGAGUAGACGAUGACGAGGACAGGAGCAACCCUCAGUACAUCCCAAAGAGAGGGACCUUCUACGAGCACGACGAUAGAACUGCUGCGAGCGGCGAGGAGUCCAGCAAUGCGACGUCAGAGGCCGCGUCAGAGAAGAAGGAGGGCACCGACACGCCGCAGACCGAGCGCCGCCGCCCGCCGCGCAAGUCAGAGAUCGUCAACAAGUGGUCGCACGACAAGUUCAAUGAGAAUGAACAGAUGCCAAAAUCUCGCGACGAGUUGGUAGCGAUUUAUGGGUAUGAUAUCAGGAAUGAAGACGCACCGCCACACGCGAGGCGGAACAGGCGUUAUGGACGCGGCCCCAACAAGUACACGCGCACGUGGGAGGACGAGGACGCGUACCGGCGCCAGGCGGGCGCGCCGCCCCCGCGCAAGCCGCCCAGCAUGGACGACUUCCCCGACCUCGACCCCGCCAAGCGGCAGGCCAAGCCACGCGCCCCUCGCCCCCGCUCCAAAUCCCAGCCAUCGGCCGGCGAGUCUCCCGACAGCGGCGAGCUACGACGGUCCAAACGGAACCCAAGAAACGCUCGGACAACACCCCGACGUGCCCGACCCGACCGACCCGAGCGAGCCGAGCGGCCCGACAGGCCCGACAGGCCCGACAGGCCCGACCGGCCCGACCGACCCGAGCGCAACGACAGGCAGGACCGGGCCGAUAGACCCGACCGCGAGCGCGUGGACUUGCCGCCGCUAGAGAACUUGACUAUCACCGCCAGUGUUAAUAAUAACAACAGUGGGCAGGCGCGCAAGGUGUCGCAGGUGGCCCAGCAGCGGCCCGUGCCCACCGACACGCGCAGGAAGCCCAACACCAACCAUGCACAGCCUUCACCACAAUCCAAUCCGCCGCGGAACAAGUCGCCGCCGCAACAGCAACAGACGCAGAAGUCGCAACAGAACAACCAACAGCAGCCUGCCACAGGCGGCGGCAGCAAGCGCUACAGCAGCCUCCGCCAGCGCCCGCUCGCCGACUCAUACGCGCCGCAACCCGCCCCGCAGCAGAAGCCGCAGCAACCACAGCAACAACAACAGCAGCAACAGCAACCAGCCCAGCAACAACCACAACAGCAGCAGCAGCAGCAGCAGCAACAACAACAACAGCAGCCACAUAGAUAUAUCGGUGGUCCUAAUGAGUUUGUCGGCGGCAACCACGCGGCGGCCCCUCAGCAACACGCUCACCCACAACACAUCAUACACCAGUGUGUAUCGCAGCAGCAGGUCCGCGCGGGCCCGCACGCGCCCUCGCCGCCGCAGACACACGCGCCGCAGGUGCGGCUCAACAUGCUGGAGCAGCAGCAGCUGGGCGCCGUCUCGCACCCGCACCACACCAUACACAACAUGACACAGCCACAUAAUAUGGGUCAAAUACAACCCGCCCAAGGAUACGCGCCGCCAGCCAUGAUGCCCGCUCAAUAUAUGCAGCAGAGCGGCAGCGGCGCGGUGUUCCCUGGCGCGAUGUUCCCGGGCGCGGGCCACGCCCCGCCCCACAUGUACACGCCGCAUCAUAACUAUGUGGGCCCGCAGGCGGGCGGCGUGACGUACUACAACUGCGCGGAGCAGGAGCCGCCCGCGCCCGCGCCGCGGCCCGCGCGCCGCCCCACCGCCGCCAUACCCAUCGUCAGCCCGCACCACGCCGACAGGCCAGCUAACUCCUCUGAAAAAGACAAUAUCGAUCGGAUCGUAGAGAACAUGUUCGUCAGGAAACCCUGGCCCGCGACACAUGGAGCAGAUUCAAAGGACAAACAGCCCGAAAACCGCAGCUCCCAAGAACCAGCCAGCAAAGAAUCAUCGCAGCCCAACAGCCUAACAUCAAGCUCCAUAUCAACCGACUCGAAACCCUCAGAAAGCAGAGAAGAGAAGACAGAAGAAGUUAAAGAAGUGAAAGAAGACAAGAAGGCAUCAGAAGAGACUGUCCCUCAAGAAAGUAUAUCAACGGAUGCCUGACUGAUAAGGAUCAAGUUGUACGAAUGCUAUCAAGCUAAGUACUUCAGGAGGUAAUCUUUUAACUAAUGGACGGUCACGCCAAUUAAAACUUAUAUUGUCUAAUAAUUGACAACUUUUCCCAAAUAAAGUGAUUUUUCAGAUACAAAUGACAUACAAAAGUAUCAGUGUAUUUUGGUCAUUCAUUGAAGUUGUAUUAAGUACCAAUAUAAGUUGACCUCUUCGAAAGAUUUUCGGAGUUUAUCCAAGUAUACAUGUACCGUGUGUGAGAUAGAUACGGUAGUAUUUUGAUUACUGUCAACUGAAAAUGCACUUAGUGUACAUCAAGUUAAUGACCAAUUUUGGCUGACAUGAAUUGGUUUAUGUUAUUUGUAUCUGGUUUUCACUUGAGUUGUCAACGGUAAUAGGCAAUAAGCCUACAGGUUGUUAUAAAAAUCACGAAUAUUUUGCGAUUGCAUUAUAUCUGUUUGUAUGAGGAAUAUUUACUUAUCAUUACGUAUGAUAAAUACUUACAUUGAAAUUUUGUCGAAAAAGCACUCAUAUUUAUUGGCCGUAAUUGUAAAUGAUACGUACUACUUAGUGACGUUCUUAAGUGUCUUUUUGUCUCAACAUUCCACUAUCAAGUGAACGAGGCAGCAUUAUACUUAAGACGAACUUUCUCGUGUCGUUUAGGAACACAGCAGUGAUUAAUUUGUUUUCUUGAUUCAGUAUAUCAUGAGCUUGUUAUGAGUCGUAACGAUUUCAGCGUUAUAUGUUAAAAAGACAACACGUCAGUAAGCUCAAGGUAACACAUUUUCUUGUAAAUUACUUACUAUGCCAAAUACGCCAAUGACUUGGUUCAAUCUUUUGAACGAAUUUCCAAUGUGAUUACAUUCCAAAAACUGACAUUAGAGACACGCCUCGUAAGAUUUAACCGCUACCUAAGUAAUUAAAAGACAAAACAUUCUCAGAGCAGUUUUAGUAUCAAAAUAAUGCGGACAACAUCGCAUACAUUGUUCUGAAC